AUGGCUACCGCUGGCGAUAUUGAGAAACUCUCCAAGUCUGCUGAGUCUUGUGUUGUCGCUGUCUACAGUGUCAAGUCUGAUUCCAAUGAUUCCCUUGCGUCCCUCAACACCCCUUCCCCGUCGCCUCCGCCGGAGCUGGAUGUCCGGGAGUUUGUACCCCCUGAUGGUGGUUUCAUUGCUUGGGCUCAGGUUGUUGUCGGGUUCCUGACCAAUGCCGUCACCUGGGGGUUCCCAACCAUGUUUGGUGUCUACCAGCACUACUACAUUAGCACUAUCGGUAUGGACGCGACCGCUGUGCCAUGGAUCGGCUCCGUGCAGAUCUUCCUUGCCUACUUUAUGUGCACCGUGUCCGGGCGCCUUUCCGAUGCAGGAUAUGCAAAGUCGACGCUGCUUGCCGGCGCCACCCUAGCCGUCCUGGGGACGCUGGCCACCAGCUUCUGCACCCGGUUCUGGCAAGUCAUGCUCGCCCAGGGCAUCUGCACCGGCCUGGGACUGGGUCUCACUGCCACGGUCUCCGUCCCUGCCAUCAGCUCCUACUUCCAGAAGAAGCGCUCCAUCGCGCUCUCCAUAUCGACCACGGGCACGAGCGUGGGCGGCGGCAUCUUCCCAGCCAUUGUUCAGUAUCUCAUGCCCAAGAUCGGCUUCGCGUGGGCUGUUCGCUGCGCGGCCCUGGUUGCCUUUGUCCUGUUGGCCAACGCCUACGUCCUCCUCAAGCCUCGUCCCGUGCGUAGGGGACGGGGAGAGAAGGAGCCCAUGGUGGACUGGGCGGCGUUCAAGGAGCUUCCGUACAAUCUGCUCGCUGUGUCGAGCUUCUUGUUCUACUGGGCUGCCUACUUUGCAUUUUACUACUUUGGCACUUACGCUCAAGACGUCCUGCACCUCUCGUACGCAUCGUCCUCCUCGGUGCUCAUCAUCUCCACCGCCUCGGGCAUCCCCAUGCGCGUCGCCGCCGGCUUCGUCGCCGACUACUACCUCGGCACCCUCAACACCUACGUCCUGUCCAUCGUCUUCUUCGGGGCCGCCCACUUUGUCUGGAUGGGGGCCUCGACCGCGCCGGCGCUCUACGCGUUCGCCGUCCUGUUCGGCUUCGGCACGGGCGCCACGCAGGGCAUAUGGCCCGGCACCGUGGUCGCGCUCACGCCGGACCCGAGCAAGGUCGGCGUGCGGUUCGGCAUGGUCUGCACCAUCGCGGCGUUCGCGGCGCUGGCGGGCCCGCCGACGGCCAGCGCGAUCCUGCAGGGCUCCGGGGGCGCCUAUCUCGGGGCGCAGGUGUGGGCCGCCGUGGUGAUCCUCGUGGCUGCGGCCAUCAUGGCCGGGGCCCGUCUGAAGCUGAGCGGCAGGAGGCUCUGGGUCAAGGUUUGA